GGAUUUUCCAGGACAGUGUUGACAGGAGCAUGGCCCUUAACUUAACAGCUCGCGACCGCGAAGGGGCUGAUGAGUUUCAAUCCUUCCUAGAGACCAUAAAGCCAUACCCAAAGAUACAGGCAAGCCACUCGCAACCCGUAUCAAGGGUCGGAGUCGGAUCCCGAAACAUGGCGAUGACCGUGCAGAGUCUCUCGGAACAAUACCCGAACGUGGGGAAAUCUAGUCUAUCAAGCAUGGAACCCUCCUCUGACCACGACUAGAAUGGAUGUGCUCCUAGGCGUGUCUAUUUCUUGGAUCUUUCACCCAUUGUCUUCAUAUAGCACGCGAGUAGGACCCCAAUCCAAGAUGAGUGACCAAAUUCCCACAUUAGAGGUGCCCAGAUCCCAAGAAUGGAGGCAGACCGCCAAGGACGUGACUGCUGGUGCAGCUGGUGGAGUUGCACAGGUCCUCAUCGGACAACCAUUCGACCUUGUCAAGGUUCGUCUGCAGACUCAAGAAGGCGGGGAUGCGUGGUCUGCUACUCGCCACAUCUGGGCCAAGGAAGGUGCCCUCGCAUUCUACAAGGGCACGCUUAUGCCCUUGCUGGGGGUUGGCGUUUGCGUCAGCAUUUCGUUCGGAGCUUUGCAUACCUUCCGCCAAGCGAUCGAAUCACGCAAUCUCCAAACCCGCCCCUCGCAUGAUCGGACCCUCUCCCUUCCUCAGUUUUACAUCGCUGGUGCUGGUUCAGGGCUGGUGACUAGUAUCGUCUCGGGCCCAGUGGAGCAUAUCCGCAUCAGACUUCAGACGCAACCGCACGGCACGGGAAGAAUCUACAUGGGGCCGUUUGACUGUGCACGAAAAUUGAUGAGGGCGGGCGGGCUGGCAGGGUUGUAUCGGGGGCAACUGAUGACGGUUGUUCGUGAGAUGCAUGGGUACGGAGUGUGGUUCGCGACGUAUGAGGGGCUGGUUCGGUGGGCCAUGCAUCGGCAGCGCAAACGGCGCGAGGAGUUACCGGGCUGGCAGAUUGCGGUGUAUGGGGGUUUGGCGGGGGAGGCGCUCUGGUUGUUGAGCCAUCCGAUCGAUGUGAUUAAGAGCCGAAUGCAGAGUGAUGGGUUGGGAUCUGAGAGGAAAUAUCGUGGGGUGGAACAUGUGGUGCGGGAUACGUGGGCUGUGAGUGGAUUGCGGGGGUUGUUCUAUGGGAUCGGGCCGGCGUUGUUGAGGGCGAUGCCGGCGUCUGCUGGGACGUUUGUGGUGGCUGAGAUUGUGCGAAACAUGCUGAAUUAGACUCGGUUCUAUGGGAUUGUGAUGCGAUGAGAACUGUCAGUCCUUCAGGGAGGCUAUUGGCGGCAAGAGGUACUGCAGAAACCAACGAAAUUCGUUCGUUGAUGAUAGUCUUGCGAUCAGAGAAUGCUGGGCUUUUCCCAUGGUGUCUUGAUAGAGGAGUUGUGAAGAGGAUUUCUAGGUAAAUAGUGAAUGGGUUAUUGUUCACGAGCAAGUAUGGAGCAGAGCCGAAG